UCCGUUUUUAGAGAGAGAAACGAUGUUUUUAUCUCUCUUGCUCUUCAAUUUCUCCAUUUGUUGGUGUUUCUCUCACUUGGUUCCUUCUCUUUGUUUUUUUUGCAGCGGACGCGAUUCUACUCGGUUUCCAGCACUAUUUGGUUAUGCUUGGAACCACAGUUAUCAUUCCAACAGCUCUGGUUCCUCAGAUGGGCGGUGGAAAUGUGAGGAGAGAGAAAGACCCAAGAUUCAAGAGGGAAGAGAGCCAGAAUUCUUGCGUCUCUUCCCAAUUCAAACCCUUGAAACCCUCGCGACAACAAGCCUCUCGCUGCUGCUUACAAUCCAUGCCCUUCUCUGCAACCUCCAAGAAACUCUCUUUCUCUCUCUAAAACACGCAUUUGGUGCAGUUACUAGAGGAGAAAUUGAAGCCUCACCAGGAUCAUUCGAUCACUGGUGUGCUCCGACCUACUGCCAUCGGCGUGGUGUAUGCAGAACUCCAAGGGCGGUGCCACCACUCCAUGCUCCGGCCUCGUGGCGAGGUCAUCCUCUCAGCCGGUGCCAUCGGCAGCUCCCAACUAUUGAUGUUGAGCGGCAUCGGGCCAAACCACAGCCUCAUCGGAUGGGGCAUCUCGGUUGCCCACCACCUCCUGAACGUCGGCAACGCCAUGCGCGACAACCCUCGGAAUGCUCUCUCCUUCAUCUCUCCUGUUCGCCUCCCACUCCCCCUCAUCCAGGUCGUUGCCAUCGCCACCAAUGUCUUUCUAGAAGCUGCCUCCAACUUCCUCCCCUUCACCCCCCGCUCUUGCUCCUCAUUUCUUUUUCCUCGGUAUUCCUCUAUCCCACUCAACAUCGUUUACGUUAUGGCGAAAAUUCUUGACCCCCUGCCGAGUGGUUUCUUACGCCUGGCCUCCUCAAAUGUCUGCGACGAUCCAUUGGUGAGGUUCAAUUACUUUGAGGAGGGGUUGGAUUUGCAGAGGUACGUGAAAGGGGUGAGGUUGGUGGCUAGAGUUCUCAAGACGAAUGCAAUGGAGCAGUUCGAGUUCUCAGAGCAGCGUUUUGGGGAGAGGGAGUUCUGGUAUUUGGACAACGUGCGGUUGCCGGCCAAUGUGAGCAUCGACGAUUCAGUCGGUGAGUUCUAUUGAAGAACGGUGUCGACGAUAUGACAUUGCCAUGGGGGUUGCGUUAUGGAGGAGGUGGUUGACGCUCAGUGGGUGCAUGCCAUCAGGGACGUCGAUGGCUCCACCUUCUUGCAUUCGCCCGGGACCCAUCCUCAAGCCACGGUCAUGAUGCUGGGCUAGUAAAAAAAGAGCUCCCCCUCUCUCUCUUUCUAGCGUGAACCAUGAUUUUUGAGUAAGAGCGUUGAAUUUAUACGAAAAUCCGGUAUAAGUAGAAGAUGCCAUUUUCUCA